AUGUUCAAAUCAAUUUCUUUUAUGUUUCCUCUUCCUACUGUCAAUCUGACCAAUAAUAGAAUUAAAACCUUGCGUAAUUUAAUAGAAUUGCAUUAAGGUGAGAUGGUUCUGAAUUCGAAAACUCUAAUGAUUGUUGGUUCUGAUGCUUCAUUAGAAUCUUGCCAGAAAUAAUUACAAAAAAUCAAUUUAGACUUUGAAUAAUAUCGUUUGCAAUUCAUAAAUGCAGAUUGGAUUUCUUAAUCUUUAUAAGCCAAAAAGUUGUUAGAUUUAUAAAAAUUUCAAUUAUUUUUAGAAAUAGAGAAAAAAUCAGAGAGAUCGAGUCCUCAAGUAACAGAUACAAGGUUUGUAUUUAUUGAAUCUCUAGGAAAGGUAGUUCCAUUAAAAGAAGAUGUUGAAGAUUAAUUAGAUAUGGAAAGUGGAGAAUAUACAAUAAUAAAACCAGAAUUGAAAGAAAAAAAAGAGAAGCGUAAAUAGUAGUUUAGAAGAUAAAUGUUCAAAGAUAAUAGAUAUAUGUUAGAUUAUGAAUACGAUAAAGAUCUAGAUAAUUAUCAUCAUUAAGUAGAUGAUGGUUAUGAAUAUUUAUUAGAUGAUAUUAAAAUAUUAAAAAAAGAAGAGAAUGAUAUUGUUUAGUAGAAUAAAUUUUAUGGGGACGAAGAUUGUUAAAUUACAGAAGUUCGUAAGCCUUAAAUAGAUAUUUUAUAAGGAUUAGAUAUGGGAAAAGCAAUCGUAAAUAUAGAGUAACCUUUAGUAAAUGCUCAACUAAAAGAAACAAAAUAAUUUAAUCCAAGAUCUAAAUAACAAAUAUAAUAUUGGGAAAACAAAAGAGAAUUUUUUAUUUGUGAUGCUGGAUCUGCUUAAAAGUGUUUUAAUAAUUAGAUAAUAGAGGAAUUAGAAAAGUUAUUAAAGAUUUAUACAAACGAAAAAGAUAAAGGAAGAUGUAUAGCAUAUAGAAAAGCUAUUGGUUAUAUAAAGUCAUUAACAUUUCCAAUAAGAUCAAGUGAAGAUUUAAAAGAGAUGCCAACAAUUGGAGAAAAGAUUAAAAAGAAAAUAAUUGAGAUAAUUUAGACAGGUUAAUUAUAAAAGGUUUAAAAAUUAUAAGGUUAAGAAAAGAAUAUAGCAAUAACUUAAUUAAGUAGAGUUUGGGGAAUAGGACCAACAACUGCAGCUACAUUUUAUUUCAAAGGAAUAAAAACAUUAGAUGAUUUAAGAAAGAAUUAACAUUUAUUAACAAAAAACUAAUAAAUAUGUCUAGAUUUAGUAGAAGAAUUAGAAUAACGUAUACCAAGAGAUGAAGCUACAAUAAUUUUUGAAAUAGUGAAAAGAGAAAUAGAUGAUUUAAGUGGAAUAUCUGGAUUAUAUAAAGCUACUGCUUGUGGUUCAUAUAGAAGAGAGAAGGAAAGUUGUGGAGAUAUGGAUAUUUUAAUAACAAGAUGUGAUGGUAAGAAUAGCGAUGGUUUUUUAAUGAAUUUAGUUUAACGGUUAGAAGGUAAAUUACUUACUUAUCAUCUUACCUUACCUAAAAAAGGAGAACAUGAUAAUGAAUCUUAUAUGGGGAUAGGAAGAAUUAAUAAUUAAGGAAUUCAUCGUAGAAUUGAUUUAAAAUUAUAUCCAAAAGAACAGUAUGGUUGUGCUGUUUUGUAUUUCACUGGUUCUGAUUAAUAUAAUAGAAGUAUGAGAUUAUGGGCUUAAAAAAUUGGAUAUAGUCUUAGUGAUCAUGGUCUAUAUCCAACUUAAAGGGGUUCUAACAAUAAGAAAUAAUGGAAAGGAGAAGUAAUUCCUUGUGAAGAAGAAAUUGAUGUUUAUAGAAUUCUUGGUUUAUAAUAUAAAUAACCAAAAGAGAGAUCAAUAUGA